AUGACAAAAACGGUUGGUGUCUUGGGCGGCGGCCAGCUGGGCCGCAUGAUGGUCGAGCCGGCCAACAGGAUGAAGAUUCCCAUCAAUAUCCUCGAUGCACCCGGUGCGCCGGCAAAGCAAAUCAGCGCCCACGACAGCCACGUCGACGGCUCGUUCAAGGAUCCCGAGUCCAUCAAGAAGCUGGCCAAGGCGUGCGACGUCAUCACCUUCGAGAUCGAGCACAUCAACACCUCUACGCUUGAGGAGAUCGAGGGCACUGUCGAAGUCGAACCUCACUGGAGUACUGUCCGGACCAUCCAAGACAAAUUCGCCCAGAAGCUUCACCUGAGCUCGCACGGUGUCGAUGUCGCCGAGUCAAGAAGCAUUGAUGACGCAUCCGCAGAAAAGCUGAAGUCUGUUGGCACUUCCUUUGGGUAUCCCUUCAUGCUCAAGUCCAAGACCGAAGCGUACGAUGGCAAAGGCAACUUCCCCGUGAAGUCUGAAGCUGAUAUCCCCGACGCCCUGAAGCAGCUCGGCAACAGACCACUCUAUGCGGAGAAGUGGGCCGAGUUCAAGAUGGAGCUUGCCGUCAUGGCUGUAAAGACCAAGGACGGCACCAUUGCUUAUCCCACGACCGAGACUAUCCACGAGAACAGCAUCUGCAAGCUGACCUACACGCCCGCCCGCGGUGUCUCGCGAGAAAUCAGGCAGAAGGCAGAGGCAUUGGCCAGGAAAGCCGUGGCAACUUUCAAGGGCAAGGGCAUCUUCGGCGUGGAAAUGUUCCUCCUCAAGGACGAUUCCUUGCUCGUCAAUGAGAUCGCCCCUCGGCCUCACAACAGCGGCCACUACACCAUCGAGGGCUGCUCGAUUUCUCAAUUCGAAGCACACCUGCGUGCCAUCACCGAGGAGCCCCUUUCGCAGGACGACAUCCACCUCAUGCAGCCAGCUGCAAUCAUGCUCAACGUCCUCGGCGGCAAGACGCCUGAUUCUCACAUCAAGAUAUACGACCUGGCCAAGAAAUCGCCUCGGAUCCGCAUCCACGACUACGGCAAGGCAGAAGCCCGGCCGGGCCGCAAGAUGGGCCACCUGACGGUGACGGCGCGCACCAUGGAGGAGGCCUCAACCCUUAUCCAGCCGCUCAUCGACGCCGUCGACAAGCAGUCGGGCAUGCUCGCCGAGGACGCCGCGCCGACGCCCGCGCCCGCGCGCAAGCCGCUGGUGGCCGUCAUCAUGGGGUCGGACUCGGACAUGCCGGUGCUGAAGGCGGGCUUCGACAUCCUCACAAAGUUCGACAUCCCGUUCGAGACGCGCAUCACGUCGGCGCACCGCACGCCCGAGUGGAUGGUCGAGUUCGUCAAGGGCGCCGAGGGCCGCGGCUUCAAGACCAUCAUCGCGGCGGCGGGCGGCGCGGCGCACCUGCCCGGCAUGGCGGCCGCGCUCACGGUGCUGCCCGUCAUCGGCAUCCCCGUCAAGGCCAGCGUGCUCGACGGCGUCGACAGCCUGUACAGCAUUGUGCAGAUGCCGCGCGGCGAGCCCGUCGCCACCGUCGGAAUCAACAACUCGACCAACGCCGCGCUGCUGGCGGCGAGGAUCCUGAGCGUCGAGGACCCGAGCGUCGGCGAGAAGUUGCACGCCUACUUUGAGGCCAGCGAGAAGGAGGUCAUGGAGAAGGACGCUAAGCUGCUGCAGCUGGGCCCCCAGGCGUACUUGGCGCAGAUGCCGGCCAAGAAGUAA